ACGUCCUCCAAUCAGUUGUCGCCAUCCACGCCGAUCGUGCGGCUGAUAAUCAGGGUCUGCCAGCUUCAGCUUCAUCUGUCCUCGUGUCCUCGUCUAAUCGUCUUCAUCCUCUUCGUUCCCUCUGGGCGCACAGCGGUCUUUCCCACCAAAGUCAUUCUUUUGCUGUUCCCGAGUCUUCCAGUCGCCAUGGCCAACGGUCGCUCCUCGCAGGAUGAUCGCAAGCUCGAGAGUGGCACAGCUGCCACCAAGGGCAGGGGUGGUCUGCACCCGGCAUUCUACAUCGCUCUGUGGAUCGGAUUGAGUUCGAGCGUCAUCAUCUUCAACAAGUGGAUUCUGUCGACCGCCAAGUUCAACUAUCCUUUGUUCCUGACAACAUGGCAUAUGACAUUCUCCACGGUCAUGACCCAGAUCCUGGCCCACUUCACCACGAAGCUCGAUUCGCGACACAGAGUCCCCAUGACUCCGCAGACAUACAUGAAGGCGAUCAUGCCCAUUGGUGUCAUGUUCAGUUUGAGUCUGAUCUGCGGUAAUCUGGCAUACCUCUAUCUCAGUGUGUCUUUUAUCCAGAUGCUCAAGGCCACCACCGCCGUCGCGACUCUUCUUUCCACCUGGAUGUUUGGAAUCGCACAGGUCAACCUCAAGACCCUUGCCAACGUGAUUCUGAUUGUUAUUGGCGUCAUGAUUGCCUCGUUUGGCGAGAUCAAGUUCGACAUGGUUGGCUUCCUCUUCCAAAUCGGUGGUGUCGUUUUCGAGGCUAUUCGUCUGGUCAUGGUCCAGGCUCUCCUCAGCUCGGCCGAAUUCAAGAUGGACCCUCUGGUCUCGCUUUACUACUUCGCCCCGGCCUGUGCGGUCGGCAACUUUGCCGUCAUGUUCUUCACUGAACUCCCUCGCAUGACCAUGAGUGAAAUCUACUCCCUCGGUAUCUCGACUCUGAUUGUCAACGCUGCUAUCGCGUUCUUCCUGAACGUGUCAUCUGUGCUUCUGAUUGGCAAAACAUCCGCUGUCGUCCUGACGAUGGCUGGUGUCCUCAAGGAUGUCCUCCUCGUCUUCGCCUCCAUGGCCAUCUUCCACGACCCCGUCACCGCCCAGCAAUUUUUCGGUUACUCCAUCUCCCUCGCUGGAUUGACCUAUUACAAGCUUGGUGCGGAGAAGAUGAAUGCUCUCGCCACGGACAUUCGUUUGCAGGUCGGCGAAUACCGCCGCACCCAACCCGCAAAGGCCAGGCUCAUUCUUACUGGCGCUGUCAUGAGUAUCUUCAUCCUUGGAUGGUACAACGCUCCUAUUUCAGGUCUUGACUACCCGAAUGUCUCUACUGCUCACUAGGUGAUUUGAAUGCGCUAUAAAUAAGCGAUGGUGGAAGGCCAUGGUGUGCGAGAAGAGUUGCCACAGCUGGCCUGGGCUGGGAUCUUAGGAUAGAUAGAAGAAUUGGAAGUUUCUGUAUGUUGAUUGAAUUUAUUGUCCUUCCCAGACUGAAGCAUUGAUGGAGUGGCAAUAUGGCUUCAAUUGUUUUGUGAUGUCGUAAUAUUUGUGACUCAUUUUCAUAACUUCGCAGCGGUCGACAGACAAGGGAACACGUAAGCCUUGCGAGACUGCGCCGCAUUUUGUACGACAGAUAAAUUUGCAUCGCACUUGUUGGUUCC